AACUCUGAGGUAAAAAAAAAAAAGUACUAAAGAUUGUUGAUUACUUGACAUUAUUAUUUUUCUGUACUAUACCAAACCAUACCACACCUCAUUUUCCCACAAACGAAACUCCUUUGUAUCAUCAUCAUCAUCGCCACCGUCCAGACAUUUCCCACAUUUGUCUUUGUCGCCGUGUACUUUCUGGCAGUAUGGCCGAUCUGCUUCUGCUCUACCGGGCUGUGACUUAAUUAUUUUUUUCCCGGGCUAGUAAGUUUUUUCUGUUUUCUUGUUCUUUUUUAGUUUGUGGGUGCUUAGUUUAGCUGGAUGGAGUUCAGAGCCUGAACUUGGGAUUAAUGCACUUAGAGUUUGUAUACCGGAUUUUUGAGCGGGGGAUUUAAUUCAUUAAGGGGUACUGGCAUGUGGUUUGCUCUUAAUUGGAACCAUGGGUGUGGGUUGUACUGUUUUUGGACUUUUGGGGAAGAAGCGAAGAUGAUUUGGUGAAUUUCUCAACUAUUAUUAUUACUUUUUAUGGGGUUUAGUUAAAGUUCUGAUCUUUCAAGGGAAGCGGGUUUAAUUAAUUAAUUUUUUUUAAACAAAAAAUACUGUCGGUUCAGUUCGUGAAUUUGGAACUUUCGGGUAUCUGCGUGUGAUCCAUGGAAGCUAGAUUUGGAGGUGAAGCUCAAGCUUAUCAUUUCUGCCGCAUGGGCACCACAGAUAUGCGGGCAGUGGGGAAGAGAAAUUUAGAAUGGGAUUUGAAUGAUUGGAAAUGGGAUGGCGAUCUUUUCAUUGCUAGCCCUUUGAAGCCAGUACCAUCUGGGGGCAUGGGUAGGCAACUUUUUCCUGUUACAACAGGAAUUCCAGUAAAUGGGAAUCCUUCUAAUAGUUCAUCCUCCUGCUCUGAUGAAGUGAAUCCGGGAAUUGAGAAUGGAAAGACGGAAUUAGAGAAAAAAAGAAGGGCUAUCGUCAUUGAAGAUGAUAAUUUACAUGGUGAAGAAGUGGGUAACCUUAGUUUGAAGCUGGGGGGCCAUGGUUUUCCAAUUAUUGAAAGGGAGAUGGGAAGUUGGGAGGGAAACAGUGGAAAGAAGACCAAAGUGGUUGGGGGUAGGAUGAGCAGUGCCGUUUGUCAAGUCGAGUACUGUGGUGCUGACCUGAGCAGUGCCAAGGAUUAUCAUAGACGACAUAAAGUUUGUGAAAUGCAUUCCAAGGCCAGUAAGGCCCUUGUGGGAAAUGUUAUGCAGCGUUUUUGUCAGCAGUGUAGUAGAUUUCAUGUCCUUCAAGAGUUUGAUGAAGGGAAGAGAAGUUGCCGCAGACGUUUAGCUGGCCAUAAUAAAAGGAGGAGGAAAACAAAUCCUGAAGCUGUUGGUAAUGGAACUUCAUUGAAUGAUGAACGGACUAGUAGUUAUUUAUUGAUAAGUCUCCUGAGGAUUCUUUCAAACUUGCAUUCUAAUAGGUCAGAUCAGGUCACAGAUCAGGAUCUUUUAUCUCAUUUAUUAAGGAGCCUUGCGAGCCAUUCUAUCCAACAUGGAGGAAGAGAUAUAUCUGGGCUUCUUCAGGAACCUCGGGAUUUGCUGAAUGAUGGUACAUUUGGAAAUUCAGAGGUACUCUCAAUUUUGCUCUUUGUUGAAAUCCUUCCAAGGCCUAUAAAAGAACAUCUGACAGUUAAUGUUUCUGGGUCUCUGCAGCAAGUUGUGUGUGCUCAUGGUGCCAACGGUGCAAAUAUGCAAACCUCUUGCCUUGUGAAACCUAGCAUUCCGAACAACUAUCCAGCAUAUUCAGAAGUUCGAGACAGUUCUCUAGGACAGGUCAAGAUGAACAAUUUUGAUUUGAAUGACAUGUAUGUUGACUCAGAUGAUGGCGCCGAAGAUAUAGAGAGAUCGCCUGUCCCUACAAACAUGGGGACUAGCUCCCUUGAUUGCCCUUCAUGGGUACAGCAAGAUUCACAUCAAUCAAGUCCCCCACAGACAAGUGGAAAUUCAGAUUCAGCAUCUGCACAGUCACCUUCUAGUUCUAAUGGAGAUGCUCAGAGUCGUACAGAUCGAAUUAUUUUCAAACUGUUUGGUAAAGAACCAAAUGAUUGUCCUCUUGUCCUGCGUGCACAGAUUCUGGACUGGCUAUCUCAUAGUCCCACUGAUAUUGAGAGCUACAUUAGGCCUGGUUGUGUCAUUCUAACUGUUUAUCUUCGUCAGGCUGAGGCAACAUGGGAGGAACUUUGCUGUAAUCUUAGCUCCAGUUUGAGUAGGCUUCUGGAUGUAUCAGAUGAUGCUUUUUGGAGGACUGGAUGGGUCUAUAUCAGGGUGCAACAUCAAAUAGCAUUUGUUUGCAAUGGGCAGGUUGUUGUUGAUACAUCCUUGCCUCUCAAAAGCAACAACUAUAGUAAAAUUUUAAGUGUCACACCAAUUGCAAUAUCUGCAUCUGAAAGAGCUCAAUUUGUGAUUAAAGGAAUCAACCUGUAUCGGCCUACCACAAGAUUACUCUGUGCAGUAGAAGGGACGUAUAUGUUCCAGGAAAAUACUCAAGAACUAAUGGACAGUGUUGAUAACUUGAAAGGAUAUGAGGAACUCCAAUGUGUUAACUUUUGUUGCUCUAUUCCCACAGUUUCUGGAAGAGGAUUCAUUGAGAUCGAAGAUCAUGGUUUCAGCAAUAGCUACUUUCCUUUCAUAGUUGCAGAGGAAGAUGUUUGUUCAGAGAUCCGUAUGCUUGAGAGUGUUCUGGAGUUGGGUGAAACAGAUGCUGAUGCUGCUGGAACUGGGAAAAUGGAAGCCAAAAAUCAAGCUAUUGACUUCAUUCAUGAAAUAGGUUGGCUUUUUCACAGAAGUCAAUUGACAUCCAGAUUGGGCCACUUGGAUCCUUGCAUGGACCUCUUCCCUUUAAAAAGGUUCAAGUGGCUCAUGGAGUUCUCCAUGGACCAUGAAUGGUGUGCUGUAGUGAAAAAACUCUUGAGCAUACUUCUCAAAGGCGUUGUUGGUACAGGAGAGCACUCAUCUCUAAACCUUGCAUUGUCAGAAUUGGGCCUCCUCCACCGAGCUGUGCGGAAGAAUUCUAGGCCUCUAGUGGAGCUUCUUUUAAGAUAUGUUCCUGGGAAUGCAGGACCUGAAAACAAGCUUCUGAUUGAGGGAAGCCACGAUUACAACUUGUUUAGACCUGAUGUUACAGGACCUGCAGGUUUGACGCCUCUACACAUUGCAGCUGGCAAAGAUGGUUCUGAAGAUGUACUGGAUGCUUUAACUGAAGAUCCUGGAAUGGUGGGAAUUAAAGCAUGGAAGAGUGCUCGUGACAGCACGGGUUUCACCCCAGAAGAUUAUGCUCGUCUCCGAGGCCACUACUCAUACAUCCACUUGGUACAGAAGAAAAUUAACAAGAGACCAGCUGUGGGGCAUGUGGUGCUAGACAUUCCUGGCACUCUAUCUGACUGCAGCACUAACCAUAAGCAAAAUGAAGGGGUGACCACUAGCUUUGAGAUUGGACAAACGGCAGUGAGACCCAUUCAGCUGCCCUGCAAGGUUUGCCAUCAAAAGCUGGAUUAUGGUUCAGCUGGGAGAUCAUUGUUGUAUAGGCCUGCAAUGCUGUCAAUGGUGGCCAUUGCUGCAGUUUGCGUUUGUGUGGCUCUUUUAUUCAAGAGUUGUCCUGAAGUUGUGUACGUCUUCCGACCCUUCAGGUGGGAAUUGUUGGACUAUGGAACAAGCUAAGCUUUCUAACUCCCAGCUUGAUGGCAUAGAUAGGUGGUGUGCAUUUACAGACCGUUAAGUUGAGAAUUCAUGUGGAAGCAGUGCGUGAGGACGAGUUUCAGAUUCAGUAAAUGUUAUUGACAUAUAUAUAUAUUUGCAGUUUUUAGAGGUAAUUCUAACCGGUGGAAAAUGGUUGGGAUGUCUAGCAUUUGUAACCUUAAUUUAGGUUCCUAAAUGAAGUUGAAAAUCCUAAACUUUGGGGAGUUGUUUUGUUUCA